AAGGGAAGAGAAAAUAAAAGAAAGAGGAUCGAAGAGAAAACCGAAACGCAGCCACGCCCAGAAAAGUGUCCUCUUCUCCCAAGAGAAAGGGGCUCCCCCAGUGUGCGAGCGAGCGAGAGAGAAUUUUUUAUACUCUUCCGUCAAUCAAUCUCAUGCGUUUCGCUCUCCAGCUCUUGACCUAACAGUCUCUCCCCCUCCCCUCCCCUUCAACCGCCUCGUCGUCCUCGUCCUCGUCGUCGUCGUCGCCGCCUUCCUCCUCCUCAUCUCGCGACUUCCUUCCUUCGCCUCGGCCUUCCAUUGUUAGAAGCUUCUGCUGCCGAGCGUCCCUUCUUCGUUCCUCCGGCCGCGCAUUGCGCGAUCCUGCUCGGGAAUUCGUCGCUUCUCCGAGCUGUUUUCGGGAGGGGGUUCGGGAUGGGAGCUCUCUUGCGGCGAUCGGCGGUGGAAAUGAGCAUCGAGACGGCGGGCCUCGACUCCUGAGUUUUUUUGUUGUUUCGAUUCGGGCGUCGGAUUUCUCUGGGAACCGUGUCGGCUGAUGAGCGUCGCGGGGUGGAGUUGAUUGCGGAUCGGCGCCUCGAUCGCGCGCGGGCUCGCGUCGCUGGUUCAGGCCUCCGCAUUGCGCGGUCCUGCUCGUGAAUUGCUCGGUUCCUCAGCCGUUCGAGGCCUUUCGCAUGGGUUUCGUUAUGAUUGGUCGUCGAAAUGAGCCGGAGGCGGUUCUGUUUUGAGGCGUUUAUUGAUUCCGUUCGGGAUUUGGCGCGGCGUCUGUUGAUGAGGUUUGUGGCGUCGAGGUGAUUGGGCAGAAUGAGUUCGUCGAGGCAGGUGACGGCGAGAGACCUGGCUGAGGAAGCCAAGAAGCGGAUUGUUUUUCUGGCAAUAUGCGUCAUUGGGCUGUCAUACCUCAUGUCCUUGUGAAUCUUGCAUGAUAUAAAAUUUGAUUGGGGGAAAGGACAGAACACGGUGUUCUGGAUUGGUUCAGGGAUGCAUCAUCAGAUGUCUCAAUGAAUGGAUGAAUCAAUGAUUUGAUUCUGUACUCUAACUGUUGACAAGCUCUUCUGUGUGGGUUAACUUACCUGCUGCUGCAACGUUGGUCAUUGCCCUUCGCUAUUUUUCGAUGGAUUUUGAUAUGCGAAGGAAAGCUGCAGUAUAUAACAGCAAAAACCCUGCAAGCACCAAUGCAUCUCUGAAGAAACCUGUUCAAACCCCUAAAUUUACAAAGUCAAACUGGAGAAGAAAAGUGGAUUCUCCUGUAGUUGAAGAUGCAAUGGACUGCUUUACCAGGCAUCUAGUAUCCGAGUGGGUCGCAGAUCUUUGGUACUCUCGUUUAACACCUGAUAGAGAAGGUCCAGAGGAAUUGGUGCGCAUCAUCAAUGAUGUUCUUGCAGAAUUUUCAGAUCGCGUGAGGAGCAUUAACCUAAUCGACCUUCUUACAAGGGACAUUGUUGUUCUCAUCUGCACACAUUUGGAGAUCUUUCGGAUGACACGAGCAAAGAUUGAAAAGCAACAGUUUGAACAUCUCACUGUUCAGCAACUAGAUGGUGAACUAAGACGUAUCUUGGCUUCUGAAAAUAAAUUGCACCCAGCAUUAUUUUCCAUUGAAGCUGAGCAUAAGGUUUUACAACAUCUAAUGGAUGGACUUAUCUCUUUUACCUUCAAGCCUGAAGAUCUGCAAUGCUCAUUUUUCAGAUGCAUUGUCAGGGAGCUUCUUGCGUGUGCAGUGAUGAGACCAGUCCUGAACUUAGCUAACCCAAGGUUUAUCAAUGAAAGGAUCGAGUCUUUUGUCAUUUCUAAAACCAAGGCUAAUAAAGGUGCAAUUGCAGCUCAUGAGGCAUCGCCAUCUAAAAAUGGGACAAGGGUCUCAUCUGAUCAUUUCUCCAGAUUCUUAGAUCCUACAGUAACUGGUGUUGAGCUUGUCCAGUUAAAAACAAGUCCAACCAAAAAUGCUUCUAGCACACAUAAUGCAAAAGACAUCAAUGGAACAUUUCUUUCCAAAGAUCCAUUGCUUUCUAGGGACACGCAAUGCUCCCGUUCAUGGAAUUCUUUGCCUGCAGAGUCCCAAAAUGGUGAUGAUAAAGGUAUUUUGCGACACCGCUCUGGAGGUGAGUGGGGAGAAAUGCUGGAUGUGAUGUCUCGUAGAAAAGCUCAAGCCCUUGCUCCUGAACAUUUUGAAAACAUGUGGGCCAAAGGGAGAAACUACAGAAAGAAGGAGGGAGAAAAUCGGUUGAUCGAACAGGUUCCACAGCAGUCUUCAGUGAAUAAGGCCGUUGUCAGUGAUCAUUCUAGAUCUGUGUCCAAACCCAAAGGAAAGGGUCAAAUGGUAAACAACAAUCUCCCUGGAGGUGGCACCUCUUCUGCUGUAGAGAGUCCCUCCAUCCAACCAAGCAAGAACUUAUCAGGUCACUCACUGAUGUCUGUAACUGAAGAAGAUGAUGACCAGAGUCUCAUGCGUUUGGAGGAGGCUGAAUCAGGGAGCAGUUCAUAUACUUCUGACGAUGAAGAAGCUGAGACAAUUACUGGUCUUGACUCUCCUGGAACUAAAGUUUGGGAUGGCAAGAGUAAGAGAAAUGUUGGAGUUAAUCCCAUCCAUCAUCCGCUGGAAACUUUUGAAGGCAGUAGCAGAAGGAAGACUAGCAAAGGACAUCCUCGCUAUCAAAGAUUUUCUGGUACCCGUUCAGGCAGGAAAAGGUCUAGAGUAACUAGCACAAAGGUGCCUGUUUGGCAGGAAAUUGAGAGAACAAGUUUCUUAUCUGGAGAUGGACAGGACAUACUUAAUACUUCAAAAGGCUAUGAGACUGACGACGCCUCUAGUGAUGACUCUGAGAAUGAAAUUUUGGGUAGAGCCAACAGUGGCGCAGCUGCUUCUUCCUCUGCACCCGCAGUAUCCCUGCCAGAAUGUCGUACUUCGAAUACUACCACUGUGCCAAAUUCCUUGGUUGUGGAUUCUUUUCUGAAGUUAAGAUGUGAGGUACUGGGUGCGAAUAUUGUGAAAAGUGGCUCUAAAACCUUCGCUGUAUAUUCCAUAUCUGUCACAGAUGUAAAUAACAAUAGCUGGUCAAUCAAAAGAAGGUUUCGGCAUUUUGAGGAGUUGCAUCGUCGUCUUAAAGAGUUUCCAGAAUAUAAUCUUCAUUUGCCACCUAAGCAUUUUCUCUCGACCGGCUUGGACAUAUUUGUGAUUCAAGAAAGAUGUAAAUUGCUCGAUAAAUAUUUAAAGAAGCUCAUGCAGCUUCCAACAAUUUCGGGCUCGAUUGAAGUUUGGGACUUUCUAAGUAUUGAUUCUCAGACAUAUUACUUCUCAAGUUCUUUUUCCAUCAUUGAAACUCUAUCAGUUGACCUAGAGGAUAAGCCCUCUCAAAAGAGCAGAAGGGUUUCAAGUUUUCUUGGGCCGACCAUCAAUCCCUUGUCAUCCAGAAGAGAUAAUACAGUUCCCGAUAACAAGGAGACACCAUUGCAGAUGAAGCAUGAUCCUGCGGUGGAUCGUUCCAGGUUGAAUGCGCAAGAUAAAACUGCCAAUAGUGGGGGGAGUGAUGCCAUUGAAGAGAGAUCUGAGGCACUUCUUGAUGCUGCCACUGACCCAACCCUUCCUUCAGAGUGGGUCCCUCCGAAUCUCAGUGUCCCAUUGUUAGAUUUGGUCGAUGUCAUUUUCCAACUCCAAGAUGGUGGAUGGAUACGGAGGAAGGCAUUUUGGGUGGCCAAACAGAUCUUGCAACUAGGAAUGGGUGAUGCCUUUGAUGACUGGUUGAUAGAGAAAAUUCAGCUUCUUCGGAAGGGAGCUGUCGUUGCUUCCGGAAUCAAACGUCUCGAGCAGAUUCUUUGGCCUGAUGGAAUUUUUAUAACCAAGCAUCCAAAGCGACGACGUGCUCCAGCUGUCAGUCCAUCGCAAAGUUCACCACGUGCCCAGCAGUCCCCUGAAAUGUCUUCACCUAGACAGAGUGAUGAGCAGCAGCAACUGGAAGCAGAACAACGCGCAAAGUUCGUAUAUGAGAUAAUGAUUGAUAAAGCACCAGCCACUAUUGUCAGUCUUGUUGGUCGUAAGGAGUAUGAACAGUGUGCGAAGGAUCUCUAUUUCUUUCUUCAGUCAUCCGUGAGUCUGAAAAUGUUGGCUUUCGACCUCCUCGAGUUGCUCCUCUUAUCAGCAUUUCCGGAGCUUGAUUCAGUCUUUAAGCAGCUAUAUGACGAGAAACAUAAAUUUGGUGAAUGCAGAGAAAAUUAGGAGAAAUUUAUGCACAAGGUUAGUUAUGGGAUUGAGUAAAGAUUUGGCUUCUUACGCUGUUAUACUCUCACCUUUCUAGUCUUCUAAGUUCAUUUCAAAUAUCAUUUACACCAGAGUUUUUUCUUUUCCCACUCGACCAUGUGAGUGAAGUGUAUACCUUGCAAAGGUCUGAAUUUUUGUUUCUAGUUUCUUACUUGUCAUCAUGAGGGAAAUCAGUCUCCUGUAAAUUACGAUGUUACUUCAACAUGUACAGUAUUAUAAAUGUAAAGCUUCUUGUUUUCCCUUCCUUGAAA